GUUGUUACGUAACAAAAACACGGAAGUCUGAAACGGCUCGUUUCACACACAUUUACAGAAAGGUGGAGAAAUCAAAACAGGGGCAGAAUGGAUUUUUUUCAUUCUCGGGGGGUUUGUAGACAUGCCAGGGACACAUAUUUCAGGUAGAGAACCAUUAAAAAGUCAAUUUUGCAUGAUAUGUCACCUACUUUGUUACUGUCCACCACUGAGUAAAGUUGUAUCAAAGUGUGUCACUAAAUGAAAAAAAAAGAGUCAGAGUAGAGGAAUCCUAAAAGAAUCACAGCUUUGUGAACAUGUUCAACAAGUUGUGAAGAAAUUCUACAUGUAGUUGUUUUUUGGCGGCCCCUGUGGACUACAGAGGCCAGUACCAGGCUGCAGAAUGUUCCUGGCUACCUCGUCCGCCCACCAGGGGAUUCCCCCGGCGCCGACACCCCCCAGCACCCCCGUCUCUCCUGCUCCACUCCGGGAGUCCAGCUCGGGGUUUCCAGCAGAGAGGCGCAGGAGUGGAAGGACUCCUCACCGCAAACACAGCUCAGACCCGCAUCUGUCCGGCACCACUACGGGAAGUGGACCUACAGGGACACCGGAGUCCAGCGCAACACACAAGUGGACACCUAAAAGAAGACCUCUGAAACACGGUUGCUGCAGCCCGGGGUGGAGGAGCGCUCAGAGAUGGAGGCGUCGCUGCUCAUGCUCGUCUGUAUGCUGGCUGCUGCCGUCGGCCAGGACCCGGACCAAAGCCACGGCUGUGCCCAUGGCAGCUGUUACCCAGCAACAGGAGACCUGCUGAUUGGACGAGAGAAGAACCUGAAGGCGUCAUCCACAUGCGGGAUGAGGAGAAAAGAGCCGUACUGCAUAGUCAGCCAUCUGCAGGAUGAGAAGAAGUGUUUUGACUGUGACUCCAGACGGCCUUAUGACCCAGUGUACAACACCAUCAAUCAUCGGAUAGAAAAUGUCAUCACCGCCUUUAAGCCUCACCGGAAGAAGUCCUGGUGGCAGUCCGAGAACGGAAAGUCUGAGGUCUACGUCCAGCUGGAUCUGGAAGCAGAGUUUCAUUUCACUCACCUCAUCAUGACCUUCAAGACUUUCCGUCCGGCGGCCAUGCUGAUUGAACGGUCAGCAGAUUUCGGUCGUACCUGGCAGAUCUACCGCUACUUCUCCCAUGACUGCCCCUCCACCUUUCCUGGAGUGUCCCAGGGUCCUCUACGCAACAUCAAUGAAGUCGUCUGUGAGUCUCGCUACUCCGACAUCGAGCCGUCAACAGAAGGAGAGGUCAUCUACAAAGUGUUGGAUCCAUCUAUCAGGAUUCAGGAUCCGUACAGCCCCAGCAUCCAGAACCAGCUGAAGAUCACCAACCUGAGAGUGAACUUCACCAAGCUUCACACGCUUGGAGACAACCUGCUGGACCCCAGAGCUGAAAUCAAAGAGAAGUAUUACUACGCCAUAUAUGAGCUUGUUGUGCGUGGAAACUGCUUCUGCUAUGGCCACGCCUCAGAGUGCGCUCCUAUCGAUGGCAUCAGGGAUGAUAUAGAAGGAAUGGUCCACGGCAGGUGUGUGUGUAACCAUAACACCAAGGGCUUGAACUGUGAGCUGUGUGAUGACUUUUACAACGACCUGCCCUGGAGACCAGCCGAGGGACGCAACACCAACGCCUGCAAGAAGUGUAACUGUAACAGCCACUCCAGCGUGUGCCACUUCGACAUGGCGGUGUAUCUGGCCACCGGAAACGGCAGCGGAGGAGUGUGUGACGACUGUCAGCACAACACGAUGGGACGCAACUGUGAGAUGUGCAAACCUUUCUACUACAAAGACCCUUUUAAGGAUAUCAGGGACCCCCGGGUCUGCAUAGCCUGUGACUGCGACCCCGAUGGUUCAGAGAAUGGAGGAAUGUGCGACAGCCACACUGACCCUUCCCUGGGCUCGGUGGGAGGUCAGUGCCGCUGCAAAGCAAAUGUUGAAGGGCCACGCUGCGACAAGUGUAAGACCGGCUACUUUGGUCUGAGCGCCGACAGUCCUCAGGGCUGCCAACCCUGCCGCUGUGACCACAGAGGAACAGUGUCAGGUAGCUCCCAGUGUGACCCGGUCAGUGGAGACUGCUUCUGCAAGCGUCUUGUCACUGGACGCAGCUGUGACCAGUGUUUGCCUGAGCACUGGGCUCUGAGCCACGACCUGAACGGCUGCAGAGGCUGCGAGUGUGACAUCGGAGGAGCGCUGGACAACCACUGCUCCAUGGAGAGCGGGCAGUGUCGCUGCCGCACUCACAUGACAGGACGCCAGUGUACACAGGUGGAGUCUGGAUAUUACUUCAUGGCUCUGGAUCACUUCCUCUACGAAGCUGAGCUGGCCAAAAUGGAGCAGGGCUGUACACUGGAGACCAGGGAGCAUCAGCCAGGUCGCCUCGCCACAUGGACCGGCAUUGGAUUUGCUCGGGUACCUGAAGGAGGCACCCUGGAGUUCACCAUCACAGACGUCCCCUACUCCAUGGAAUACGACCUGCUGGUCCGCUAUGAAUCACAGAUGCCCAGAGACUGGGAGGAGGUGCGUAUAACAGUGGUUCGUCCAGGCCUCAUUCCUACCAGCAGCCCCUGUGGAAACACCAUCCCUGAUGAUGACAGAAUCACCGUCUCCCUGCCAGCUGGAGCCAGGUUUGUGGUCCCUCCUCAGACUGUGUGUCUGGAGAGAGGAGUGACUUACACCCUUCGCUUUGAGUUCAGACGCUAUCAGGACGCUAACAGUAUCCUCAACGGAGCCGCUAACGCUCUCCUCCUGGUCGACUCUAUUGCCUUGAUGCCACGCCACUCCUCCAUGGAGAUGUUCAACGCAGGAGAUCCGGCCUCUAACAUCAGGAGGCAGACCUAUGAGAGGUACCGCUGCCAUGAGGGGGCCAAGAGUGUGACCCGCCCACUAAUGAGUGACACUUGUGCCAAACUUAUCACCAGCAUGUCAGCCAUCAUAAACGACGGAGCUCUUGCCUGUAACUGUGACCCUCAGGGGUCCGUCAGCUCCAUGUGUGAUGUCCGCGGAGGCCAGUGUCGCUGCAGGCCUAAUGUGAUUGGUCGACGCUGUGACCAGUGUGCACCGGGAACUUAUGGCUUCGGACCCUCGGGCUGCAUCGCCUGCAGCUGCAGCUUGGAAGGCUCCGUGACUCGUCUCUGUGACAAGUUCACCGGUCAGUGCCAGUGCCGCCCAGGAGCCUUCGGUCAGCGCUGCGAUGGAUGUCAGGCGGGUCACUGGGGCUUCCCCAGCUGCCGGCCGUGCCAGUGUAACGGACACUCUGACGAGUGUGACCAGAGGACCGGAGCCUGCAUCGGCUGCAGGGGCAACACCGGAGGAGACAAGUGUGACAGGUGUGCAAAUGGUUACUUUGGUAAUCCAGUUCUGGGCAUUGCAUCCGGUGGUCAGUGUCGUCCGUGCCCCUGUCCAGACGGGCCCAACAGUGGACGCCACUUUGCUGCAUCUUGUUACCAGGACAACAGGAACAGACAAAUUGUCUGCAACUGUAACCAAGGUUACACAGGCGCCCGCUGUGAGGAAUGUGCCCCAGGUUAUUAUGGCAACCCUUCUCAGCCCGGAGGUCGCUGCCAGCCGUGCCAGUGCAACAACAACAUUGACAUGUCGGACAUGGAGGCUUGCGACAGGCAGACUGGAGCGUGCAGGAAAUGCCUUUACAACACAGAGGGCCCGAACUGUGGCAUCUGCAAGAGCGGAUACUUUGGAGAUGCAUCCCGACGCAACUGCAGGAAGUGCACGUGUAACUUCCUGGGUACUGAUGGCAGCCAGUGUAUGCAGCGCGAGGACUGUGUGUGUCAGCGGACAACAGGGCAGUGCCAGUGUCUCCCAAACGUCAUUGGGCUGACGUGUGACCACUGCGCCCCUAACCACUGGAACUUAGCAAGCGGGAGGGGCUGUGAAUCCUGCGGCUGUGAACCCAACAACUCGGUCACCUCCUCCUGCAAUGAGUUUACUGGGAUGUGUCAGUGCAGGGACGGAUUUGGAGGGAGGACCUGUACAGACUGUCAGGAGAACUACUGGGGAGAUCCCAGGACACAGUGCAGAGCUUGUGACUGUGACUGGCGUGGCAUUGAGACCUCUCAGUGCAACAGGGUGACUGGCCACUGUGUUUGCCAGCAGGGGGUGUCAGGUGUCCGCUGUGAUCAGUGUGCCAGAGGCUUCUCUGGCCAGUUCCCAAACUGUCAGCCCUGUCACCAGUGCUUUGGGGACUGGGAUCGCAUCGUGCAGGACCUGGCAGUGCGUACAAAGACUCUAGCAGAGCGUGCCCAUGAGAUCCAGACCACAGGGCUUACUGGGCCCUAUGAGAAGGCCUUCAGAGACCUGGAGGAGAAGCUGGCACAGGCUCAGGGGAUUGUCAACGCACGCAAUGCCACAGCUGCAGCAGUCGCUACGUUGAUGGAGCUUAUUGAAGAUUUAAGAGCUCAGAUCAGUGAGACCACCGACACCCUAAACAGAGUGGAGGGAGACCUCACCAUCGUCCAGGAUAGCAACUCUGAGGCGAGCAAAGAGCUGAGUGCUCUGGAGAGAGAAGCCAAAGAACUAAACCUCACCUCAGGGCAGCUUCACCGCCAACUGGAUAUCCUGAAAAACUCCAACUUCCUAGGUGCAUAUGACAGCAUCCGUAGCUCCCACAACAAGUCACGUGAUGCAGAGCGGCGUGCCAAUGAAUCAACAAUCACCAGACCCAGCACAGUGAGCCAAUCUGCAGACACUCGUCGCCGCACAGAGCGCCUCAUCAGUGCCAAGAAGGACGACUUCAACCGGAAAAACGCUGCAAACAAGCGAGCUCUGGGAGAUCUCAACACCCGAGCUCAGGGCCUGGACAUGAGGAAGAUCAACGAGAAGGUUUGCGGUGCCCCUGGUGAUGCUACCUGUGAGGAUAGUCCAUGCGGAGGUGCGGGUUGCCGUGAUGACGAAGGGAACCGACACUGUGGAGGGCUGAACUGUAACGGUGCUGUCGCGAUGGCUGACAAUGCCCUGGAGAGAGCCAAACACGCAGAGACCGAGCUGAACAAAGCCAUGGAGGACGUGGAAGGACUCUUUACCAAGGUGGCAGAUGCCAAGACCAAGGCCGAGGAGGCCAAGAGUAAAGCCCAAGCUGCUCUGGACAAAGCCACGGCUACCAAGAACAAAGUGGAGCGCUCCAACAAUGACCUGAGAGAUCUCAUCAAACAGAUCAGAGACUUCCUCACUCAGGAGGGUGCAGACCCUGACAGCAUCGAGGCAGUGGCAAACCGUGUGCUGGAGCUCUCCAUUCCAGCGUCGCCGUUACAGAUCCGACAUCUUGCAGAUGAAAUCAAGGAGCGAGUCCGCAGCCUUUCCAAUGUGGAUGCCAUCCUGGAGAGGACGCAUGAUGACGUGCGCAAAGCAGAGCAACUGCUGCUGGAUGCCAAGAGGGCAAGGCAUAGCGCUGAGGGGGUAAAGACCACAGCAGAGACGGUGAAACAGGCCCUGGUGGACGCGAAAACUGCACAGACAUCAGCAGAAAAGACCAUCGCUAGAGCCAAAGCUGACAUCGGGGACACUGAGGCCAGACUGGCACAGAUUGAGUCAGAGACAUCCAACAGUGAGAAGAACCUGAAUGAUGCCAUGGACCGCCUGGGCACCCUGGGACAGGAGAUCAACGCCCUGAAGACCAAACGUGCCAACAACAGCAUGGCAGCAGCCCGAGCCGAAGAGACAGCCACCAUGGCUCGAGACAAGGCAAAUGAAGCCAAGCAGAUUCUGGACGGCCAGCUGACAGAUAAGUACCAUGAGGUGCAGCAGCGGGUCGACACAAAGGCCAAGGCUGUGAAGGACGCCAAGAAAAGAGCAGAGAGCCUCAGAGAUGAAGCCAAGGAGCUGCUGAAAGACGCCCAGAACAAGCUCCAGAGACUAGCAGAGCUGGAGAAAAACUACGAGGAGAACCAGAAGAGACUGGAGGGCAAGGCUCGUCAGCUGGACGGCUUGGAGGACAAGAUGAAAGGCAUCCUACACGAUAUCAACAAACAGAUCCAGAUCUACAACACAUGCCAGUAAUUCAUGGCUACAUGUAAAAAAAAAAAAAAAAGAGAUCUGGAUGUUCUGCCAUGCUCUCUGGAUUCACUAACUGUACCACAGACUUUCAGAAAACAAUCAAAGAACCUCUGCACUCUACAGUGAACAUGCGUAUGUCUGCAAACUGUCUGUUAUGUAAGUACGUGAUGCAGUUGCAAUCAAAUGAAGAUAUUUAAACCUAUGAUGCAACAUUUGAGGUUGUCACAUAUUUUCAUAUUUUACUUACUUUUAAUUUGAGUGCAUCAUUUUUGGUAUGAAUGUGCAGAAGAGUCUGGAAAUGUAAUAAAUAGUAUUCUAUAAAAUUCACAUAUUUGAUUGAUGUUAUGCAUUGUAAACUGUCUGUUGUCUAACUGUGCCUUUUUGUUAUCAGAAGAUUCAGAAUCAACAGGUCAAUACCAUUUUAUCACCGUUUUCUAUCAUACCAUGUUGAAGUUCAUUCUGAGCUGUGCUCAAGACGACCUCAUUUAUUCUACAUCAGACCGUGUAAAGAGGAUCAGGUGUCAUAAUAAAAGUCAGAUGAAACUCUCGAGGACGUACAUUUGAGGAAUUUUCAGACAAAGUUUUACCAACUGUGUUGGCAGGAAUCAUAUUUUUUAUAACACAUCUGCUUUUAUUCAAAUAACAUGGAAUUUGGCCAUUUUAUAUGUGGAAAUAAGUUGACUACUUUCCUCUGCCAAUAUACACUACCAGUCAAAAGUUUGGAAACACCUUCUCAUUCAAGGGUUUGUAUUUAUGUAAUUAUUGUAAACACUGUAGAUUAAUACUGAAGACAUCAAAACUAUGAAGGAACAUAUAUGGAAUUAUUGAAUGAACCAACAAGUGUUAAACAAAGCAGAAUAUGUUUUAUAUUUUAGAUUCUGUAAAGUAGCCCCAUUUUUCCUUCAUGACAGCUUUGCACACUCUUGGUAUUCUCUCAGUCUGCUUCAUGAAGUGGUCUCCUGGAAUGGUUUCUAAUUAACAUGAGCCUUGUCAAGAGUUCAUUUGUAGAAUGACUUGCCUUCUUAAUGUGUUUGAGACCAUCAGUUGUGUUGUUCAGAGGUAGGGUUAGUACACAAUGGAUAGCCCUAUUUGACUACUGUUGUAAUCCAUAUUAUGGCAAAACCAGAUUAUUUCAUAGUUUUGAUGUCUUCAGUAUUAAUCUACAAUGUUGAAAAGAAUUAAAAUAAAUAAAAACCAUUGAAGGAGAAGGUGUGAACAAACUUUUGACUGGUAGUGUAAAUACCUGGCCCAAAAUCACUUCUGCCUGGAGUAGGAGGAUGGCUGUGGACUGGUGCUACGCAGUUGAUGAGGUAGAUGGUGGAGUAAGUUUAGUGUCAGUGAUAGCAGUUCAGCUCUGAAGAUAAAAUUAUCUUCAAAACAAACAACUAUUGUAGCUUCAUAUAUUUUUAACAUGAGAGUUAAACGAGGAUUAUUUUGUUACUACAGCUUAUAGUCUGUUAGCAAAGUUUAGCAUAAAAGCAACAAGCUUGGCUCAAAAGCUUAGAAUUUCUCCCUUUGCCUGUAAAAUUGAUUAAUCAAUAAGCUAUGUGUGUGACUUUGUGAACUCUCUGUGUCUGUGUGAAAUCAACAGGCAGUGUGAGUAAUUGGUUAUUUUUGCACUUUGUCUUUAGAGUGGAUUAGACCAACAGACAUAACUUGUUGAUAUGUAAACUUGAGCUAAACUGGUGGAUUGGCUGUUUUAUAUUUAAUUAGGACCAGGCUAGCAGUCCCCCCCCUGUUUUCUAGUCUUUGUGCUAAGCUAGGCUAACUGUCUCCUCUAAUGGACAAAUAAGCGCGGUUUUAACCUCAUGUAACUUUUUAACUACUGUAAUGUUGAAGUAUCCUUUUGUGUGUCAUUGUUUGAUUCAUGCUUUACCUGUGAUGCACUGUGUGAAUGUUUGUUUAUCAAAUGUACUGUGAUGGAAUAUUUAAGACCUGCAGUGUUUGAUGCCUCACUGAAGUGACGUAGUAUUCUCAAAUACAGGCUUUAGAUGUGCCUUAGUUUCUUGGAAAUAUACUUAUUAACUAUUUGUGUUGUAUAAGAAACAAACAGAGAAACUAACUGUAAGCAUAUUUCACUCUGAUCACCUCUCUUUCAUCUGAUAUUAUUUUGAUAAGGAAUCGCCAAAUUAAAAAUACCAAAAGAAGCUGUAAACAUGAAUAAAGGUUGUAAUUCUUAA